ACGAUGCGUUUAUAUGCAGCCCCCUGCGAGACGGCACAAUAUAAGUCCAUUCAGACCUACGGUAGCAAACAUGGCAGAAGUAGCUCCAGCUCCAACCACUCCGGCGAAAGCGGCCAAGAAGAAGGCAGCCAAAUCUACAAAGAGGCCCGGACCUAGCGUCAGUGAACUCAUCGUCAAGGCAGUAGCCGCGUCCAAAGAGCGCAAUGGUGUCUCCUUGGCUUUCCUCAAGAAGUCGCUAGCCGCCUCCGGUUACGACGUGGACAAGAACAAGUCUCGCGUCAAGACCGCCGUCGUAUCCCUUGUGAACAAGGGGGCCAUUGUUCAAACUAAAGGCACCGGUGCCUCCGGCUCCUUCAAACUGAACAAAAAGGCCGAGGGUAAAGCUAAGGCUCCAGCCAAGGCAGCCAAGAAGACUCCAACAAAAGCUAAGAAGCCGGCAGCGAAAAAGGUCACUUCAAGCAAGAAGCCCAAAACCGCUGCGGCAAAGAAGGCGGUGGUCAAGAAGACCACAAAGAAGGCCGCCAAAUCCACGACGCCCAAGAAGGCAGCUAAAAAGGCCACAAAGAGCCCUAAAAAGGCGGGAGCGGUAAAAAAGGCUCCCGUGGCAAAGAAGGCUGCAGCCAAGAAGAGUCCAGCCAAGAGGGUGGCCAAGCCUAAAACCGUCAAGAAGGCAGCACCCAAGAAGAAGUAGAUAUCUUAUCUUCUCACAAAACGGCUCUUUUAAGAGCCACCACCUAGUCCACUAUGAGCAAUGUUUUCCAAUAAGUACUUUAACUAGUAUCAAAUUUGUAAAUUCUACGAUGUAUAUUCCCUAAUAUUUGAUUAAUUUAAUUUUCAGGUUUAAUUGUUAGACGGCUACAUUACUUUUUACUUAUCAUUUACUUAUAUUUCCUAAUUUAAUUGUUAGAUGGCUACAUGACUUUUUACUUAUCACUUACUUAUAUUUCCUAAUUUAAUUGUUAGAUGGCUACAUGACUUUUUACUUAUCAUUUACUUAUAUUUCCUAAUUUAGUUGUUAGAUGGCUACAUGACUUUGCUUAUCAUUUACUUAUAUUUCCUAAUUUAAUUGUUAGACGGCUACAUGACUUUUUGCUUAUCAUUUAAUUUUAUUUCAUGAUUUAAUUGUUGGAUGGCUACAUGACUUUACUUAUCAUUUACUUUUAUUUCUUAAUUUAAUUGUUAGAUGGCUACAUGACUUUUUGCUUAUCAUUUACUUUUGUUUCGGAAUUUAAUUGUUAGAUGGCUACAUGACUUUUUGCUUAUUAUUUACUUUUAUUUCCUGAUUUGAUUUGACUGUCUUGAUUAUCCUUGUAUCAAUUUUCAUUAAUUCGUUUUUUGUAUUUUUAUGUGACGUUAUUACUUUGUAUUGAGAUGUGCUACACAUUUGUCUCACCAAAUAGCAACAUUAUAAAAAAAAAGUUUUCAGAAUACUUUGUUAAAAAACUCAAUUGUAUAACCAAUAAAGAACAUCACUAAACAAAUAUUUGUAUAGGUAAUUU